GUUAUCUGCAGAGACCGUCGCGAAAACCUCCAACGUUUUCUCGAAGUGCUACGCUUCCCCGUUACAAACGUUUUGUACCCAUCAUCACCUGUCCGCACCUUUUUGUGAUCGUGUCGCACCUUCCCAUCGACAAGGCUGCCCAAGGUGAGAUCCAAGGGUCAACGCCGAUACCACAAUGUCUUCGCAGCACUUCAAGAUAGUCGAGCACGAGAUAGAAGCGUCGCAUAUCCGCAGCUUUCCUCGAGCCAUUGCUACGCACGAGAAUGAUGUGCUCCAUCUAGCUAUCAAGCAAUACACCCCGCUCAACAAUCCGAAUCCAGAAGAAGGAGAUAUUACAAUCAUCGCAGCACAUGCCAAUGCGUUCCCGAAAGAACUCUACGAACCACUUUGGGAUGAACUUCUUCUAAGGAGCCAGGACGCCGGCUUCAAGAUCCGCAGUAUCUGGAUGGCAGAUGUGGUCCACCAAGGCCACAGCAGCAUACUCAACGAGGACAAGCUCGGCAAUGACCCGUCAUGGCUCGACCAUAGCCGCGACCUUCUGCAUAUGGUCAACACUUUCUCCAGCCAGAUGCCACGUCCUAUCAUCGGUGUCGGUCACUCCAUGGGCGGUGCUCAAAUUGCGAAUCUUGCCUUACUUCACCCUCGUCUUUUCGAGUCUUUGGUCCUCAUCGACCCUGUCAUUCAAGGAAAGGUCUCAACCAAAGGCAAUAUCUCCCCUGCAUUCGCAUCCUCAAAACGUCGCGAUCUCUGGCCUUCCCGCACUGAAGCAGCAAAUAGCUUCAAGAAGAGCAAUUUCUACCAGUCAUGGGACUCGCGAGUAUUAGAGCGAUGGAUCAAGCACGGUCUGCGUGAUGCUCCCACUAAGCUCUUCCCCAACGCGAAGAAGGGAGAAGUAACGCUUACAACUACGAAGCAUCAGGAAGUCAUGACAUUUUUGCGACCGAACUUCAGGAACCGUGGCGGCGAGACGGAGCCAGACUCUGUUGACUUUACGCUCAGCAAUCCGAAGCUCAAUCGCAGAACACAUGCAGAUCUGACGCCGUACGAAGGGCCGCAGGAGCCCUUCUACAGGGGUGAAAGCGCAAUCGUAUUCAAUCAGCUACCUGCUCUGAGGCCGUCGGUGUUUUACGUCUUCGGAAGCUCAUCGUUCUUGACAAACGACGCUAUCAUUGAGGAGAAGUUAGCGAAGACAGGAUCAGGUGUUGGUGGGAGUGGUGGAAGAGCAGAAGGUAGGGUGGACAGCAUCCUGCUGCAGGACGCUGGGCACCUAAUCCCCAUGGAACGAGUGGAAGAGAGUGCAGAUCACAUCAGCAAGUGGGUAGGGAAGGAGAUGGCUAGAUUCUGGGACUGGCAAAAGAAGACACAAGAGGAGUGGGGAAGUAAGAAGGGCAUAGAGAGGAGUGUAAUGAGUGAGCGUUUUGUGGAAGAACUCAAUGGCAUGAUGGCGAAACCGAAGGCUAAACUGUAGUAGCAGGUUGGAUGCGCACUUCCCCAAUACGACAGAUUACCCAUUUGAUGUU